ACAAACCCCUUCUUGCAUGGCUCUGUGGACCUUUAACAACUAAACGUAGGCGGUAUUAGUGUUAUUACACAGCUAAUUUGAAUGCUGACAGAAAUACUUUAGUCAAAAGAAGAUGUCCCCAUUGAUGAAAAGUUCAUUAUAGUAGUUGAGUCUGCUGAGAGUGACCUUAUGUCAUUUGCAUGCUGAAUUUCUAACCCACCAAACCCAUCAUUCACCUGCAUGGCCACUCAGUUCUGAUACUUAGCCAAUUCUUUAGAAGUGAGAACUGUUUACCCUUCCAUGCAUGUUGUGCUGUGAAUAAGGCAUCAUGACUGAAGACAGGGAUAACUCUGUGGUACUGUCAUCUAUGAAACCAUGCCAGGACCUGUCGGGCUGUGGACAAGACCUAGAGAGCCUGCGUGCUGACUGGGAAGUGGCAAAAUCGAGAACACGACAGGCUCAUGAAGCGCUCACUGCGGAGAUUAGAUGGCUACGAGAAGAAGCAGAGAGAGAGCAGCAAAGAGCUGUGAGGGAGCUGACAGCCAGGCGAGGAGACCAAAAGGACAGAAACUAUAACAGACACAGGUAUUUUCUGGCUAAAAAGGUGGACACUGAAAGCAGUAAAUGGCACGGUAGCGUUGACUCCACACGGAAAAAGGCUUUUUGUUUUUGCAGCAGACAGACGUAUACAAAGCUGGAGCACUUACUGCUAACUCUGUAUAUGAAGAUAAACGGUGAGCAGGCAGCUUAUAAAUUGCAUCACAGGCAGAAAUUUGAGCUAGAAAAGGCCAUCUUCCUUUGCCACCUGCUAGAAGCUCAUGGAAGACUGUUGCAGGGGGCACAGAAAGCGGCACCCCUCAGGCAUGUUUUCAAAAGCCUGUCAAGGAAGCCAUCUCAGGAAGACAGCAGUAAAUACUGUCAGACGACCCCCCUCCUAACCCCCCAGAGGAGCUUGCUACAGAGACCCCAUAGUACCUCCCACUCACCAAAAAGCAAAAUCAAACUAGAUCAGUGGAAGCAGCCUUCAGAGAGGAACUUAUGUGCAGCUGACCCCUGUGCCACUCCUACAGUCUUGGACACCUGUCAGAACAGAUCUCCAAAUAUUUGCCACUCUCUCAACACUCCCCAUGCAGGCUGGGACGACCAGCCGUUGUCCUGCACUGAGUCUUCUAGAUCUGAGGAGUCCUCGCCGUCCAAAUGUAUGAAAAGAAACAUGGAGAAUGGUACUGACUAUGGGUUCCUGGUGCGUCAGAAUUCUGAACUUCUGCGAGCCCUGGAUGAGCUGGAGAAGACUUGUGCCACACUAAGGGAGGAGAAUGGUCUGCUGCGGAAGAGCAGUGCCCCAGAGACUGAGGAGAAGGUCAGGCGGCUGAGGAGAAAGAACACAGAGCUGGCUGUUCUUGCAAAGAGGUUGGAAGAGAGGGCUCGGAAACUGCAGGAGGCCAACCUCAAAGUGGUCAAUUCCCCAUCUUUGAUGAGACCUGGGUCAGUUGAACAGUACAAGAGGGCAUUUGCCCGUCAGCGAGCUCGGGACCUGGCCCAGCAUGCCGAUGUACUGCUCUCUAAAGACAAGGAAAUUGCUGCCCUGCAGCAGGAAUGCAGAGAGCUGGAGGCUCGGCUGGGUAUCACUAAGGGCUCCCCUAUUCCAUCUGGUAGAGGGGAAUUUGAGAAGCUUUUUAGGGAGUCUCAGAAGGAGGUGCUGCGGCUGCAAAGGCAAGUGUCGGUCACAUCAUCCAGAAAGCAGCAUGACCAUAUUCCUGACCACGAUGCUGCAGAGAAGAGUGGGGAAAAUGUGAAGGAGGAAGGGCGAAAGAAGGUUGUAGGAGAGACCCCGUGUGUGGUAUUAGAUGAAGCUCCAUCCAGGUCUGAGAGAGCUCCCGGAGAAGAGGAGUCGGGGCUGCGAGUGACGCCCAUACUGGGCCUUAGCCCGCCCCCCUCCCAUAAGGAGGAAAACACAGAGAAGCAGCAUCUACAGUUUCUGGAAAGUGAACUGAGCAAGAAAAGAAAAGAAUGUGAAAAUCUUGAGCAUGAAGUAAAGAAGCGACAGAAGAGAUGUCUGGAUUUGGAGAGCCAGCUUGAGGAUGAGCGAGGCAAAAAUGAGCAACUAAAGGAGGAGGCAGAUCUCCUCAGGAGGAAGGCACAGCUGCUCGACCAGACUCGGGCUGAGAAUGAGGAGCUGAGGGAAGAUCUCUCUGAAGUGACCGCUCAACGCAAUUCAGUUCUCGAGGAGAACCAGAGACUCCGUGCCAAACUGGAGAACCUAGAGCAGGUCCUAAAGCAUAUGCGAGAGGUCGCCGAGCGAAGGCAGCAGCUGGAAUUGGAACAUGAGCAAGCACUGGCUAUCCUUAAGUUCAAACAGGAUGAAAUCAAAAGGUUACAGCGGGCUCAGUUAUUCGCCAAGAGGGAGCAUGAAGGAGUGGUUCAGAUGCUGGAGGAGUUGACUCAGCUCGUGUUGCGGAGAGAGCUGUCGAAGGUACGAGAGCUGGAGGAGAAAUGUCGAAGCCAGAGCGAACAGUUUGGCCUGCUGUCCCAAGAGUUGGAGAAGUUUCGAAUGCAGGCCUCAAAGGUGGACCUGGCCAGCUCUAGCCUCCUCAACAACCCCACCCUGUCGGUUCUGACCAACGGGGUGGGCCUGACUACAGAGCGAGACUGCACUGGUGGCUCAUGGGAUAUGGUGACUCUAGGUGAAAUAGCCUUUUGGAGUCUCGAGGGAGGUGACACUGUCUCCUGCCCCGAGGGCAAUGACCCACUUGAUGUGGCCACUGCACUACGCAUGGGGGCCACCCCUCAUGCUGCAGGGCUAUCCAGGGUGGAGCGAUCGCCUGUCACCAAGCAUCGAGAGCUGCCCACCAUCAGCGUCAGCAAGUCAGGCUCUUCCUCUAGCAAGUCAGAGACCACGCACCUCACGCCCAAGUCUGACACCCAUCUCAGUCCGCACAAAUCAAGCCCAACUCACGAGGUGGACACAGCCAGUGAAGUAGAGGAGUUGGACAUUGACAUAGCCCCAGCACCUUGCCCAGCCAGCAGAGGAGCAGCAAAGCUUCAGGUGUUUAUUGCAAGAUACAGCUAUAAUCCUUAUGAUGGUCCCAAUGACAAUCCUGAGGUGGAGCUACCACUCACUGCUGGAGAAUACAUCUAUGUAUAUGGAGACAUGGAUGAUGAUGGCUUCUAUGAAGGCGAACUGAUGGACGGACGGAGAGGGCUGGUCCCCUCUAACUUUGUGGAACGUGUUUCAGACGACGAUGUCAUGAGCACUCAUCACCCAGAGAUGGUGGACAUGUCCCAUAACUCGCUGAUAGACAGCAGCCUGCACAGUGCCAUCCACCAGCAUCGUCUCCACGUGGGUGUCAGCACCUCAGAGAGGACAGAGGCCUCUGCUGCCUCUGGCCCUGCCUCAGCCCCCUCAGAUUCAGCAUCAGCCUUGGCUGUCCCAGCCCCCCUCACCAACGGCCUAGACUUGGACUUGGAAGAGGUGGGAGUGGACAUUGUGCCUUACCCACGUAAGCUCACCCUCAUCAAGCAGCUUGCCAAGAGUAUCAUCAUCGGCUGGGACCCUCCGUUGGUGCCGGCUGGGUGGGGCAAUGUGUGGAGCUAUAAUGUGUAUGUGGACCAGGAGCUGCGGCUCAAUGUGCCCUUCGGUGCCCAGACCAAAGCAGUGCUGGAGCGGCUAGACAUAAACCUCAAGGCCUAUCGUGUGUCGGUCCAAAGCCUGACAGAGAAGGGUCUCUCGGACCAGCUCCGCUGCAGCAUGCUGGUCGGUCGGGACGUUUCCGUGGCGCCCACGCAACUGCGCGUGGAGAGGAUCACUGCUACCAAUGCCAACCUGACCUGGCUGCCCAGCAACAGUAACUAUGUGCACAUUGUGUCCUUGAAUGACGAGGAGUGUGAGCUGGUGAAGGCUGGCUGCUACUCGCUGUGCCUCAAUAACCUAUUGCCCAGCCUGCAGUACACCGUCAAAGUGGAGGCACGGCCACACCGCACGCCAUGGGAGUUACCCGUGGAGCGACGUGAACACAGAAGUGCAACGAUCACCUUCACCACACUGAUGGCAGUUCCAUGCCCUCAGUCUGGGAUUUCAGGCCCCCCCGAUGCUCCUCUGGAUGUUCAGCUGGAGCAUGGUCCAUCUCCUGGAAUUGCUCUCAUCAGCUGGCUACCAGUCACUAUAGAUGCUGCAGGGACCUCCAACGGAGUCCGUGUAACUGGAUACACUAUAUAUGCUGACGCAAAGAAGGUGCUUGAGGUGUCUUCCCCAACAGCUGGUAGUGCCCUCCUGGGUCCCUCUCAGAUCCACUCCCUGCUGGCAGCUCAGGAGCUCACUGUCCGCACCACAUCCGCCCAUGGGGAGUCCUGUGACUCUCUGCCGGUUAAUGUGCCCUCAAAGCUGGCUGCCAUCAUGGCAGGCCCGGCUGUCACUGCCCCACUUCUGCCACCUCUGCCCUGUACUCCAGUAGGUCCCAGUAACCUGCCCCCUUCACCAUCCUAUGGAAACUCUGCUGCCAAAGUGUCCACGCUGCACAGCUCUUUGCCAUCAGAGAUACAUAUCACUGGCCUCACAGUGGAGGCUGCUGCCAACUCACCUUCUGCCCUCCGUUCAGAAGAACUCUCGUCUUCCUCAUACGUGAAGGCCUGGGCCAACCCUUCAUCUGCUGCUGCCUUGGCUGUUGGCGAGGUCACAUUAUCUGUAGCCUCCACCAUUACCCCAGUGGUUAAUGUGACCUCCCCGGCCAACUCAGCACCUCAGCCAUCUCCAGUAGCGUCACCGACACCUGCUCAGGCUCCAUCAGUGGCAGCAGCAGCACCUGUGUUGGAGCAGCACAGAGACACCGACAGCCCUGGAACUAUACGUCCAUUCCCAUCUAUCACAGAGUUCAUCGAGGACCCCAGUGCCAAGCUUGGGACCCCUGAACGCAUCCCUACACCACCCAAAGCCCCAAUUACAGAUCUCCUUAACCCUCAGGACACUAACCUCAUCCGUCCCCCCAGCACUUCUCCUCUGGAGUCAGAGGUAGAGGAGGAGCAUGAAAAUACCCGCUUGGUGUCCAUCGAGGAGUUCCUGACACAGGACCAAGACCCAGUGUACUGCAGGAGGCAACAGAGUUAUGUCAGAGGGAUUGUUGAACCUCCCAGUGACUACCAUGCAGACAACAGCCACUCAGAUCUGUCAGACAUCCUGGAAGAAGAGGAAGAGGACUUUUACUCUGACCACCUCGGUGAAGUACAGGCAAGGGGAUGCACAAUUGGAGCUAACAGGUUGUGUAAGUUGGAGGCUCCAGACAGUGAUGAGGAAGUUCUUGAAAAGAUCCUUAAGUUGCCUCCUUAUGUCUACCCCAACAAGCAGCUGUUCAGCAUCCCCGAGAUGACAGAGGAGGAGGACAGCUGUCAAGAAGAGCAUUUAAGUCGCCGCAGCCAGCAUCAGCCACAGCUCACCCACCUCCACUCCAGAAACCCAGAACACCUCCAUCCUGGCCCUCCACAUCACCGUAACCCACACCCACAAAUCCCCCCUCACCAUCACCACCUCAACCAGGAACCCAGAUCCCUAAUUAAAGAGCCUUUACCCAAACACGGGGCCUUGCAGGUCAAGCCUAAGACACAGCACAGAGUACACUAUGCAGAAACGGUGGACACCGUCAGUUAUCCGGAAGCAGAAGACACAAGUUUAUAUGAGGGUCCUGCCAACAGACGGGUCUCUGCCCACUGUCCUCCUCGGCCAACCCACACUAGCAAAGACAAAACACUGCUUCGAGGGCUAGGUGACCGCCUUAGGAGGGAGGCCAUGCUCAGGAGUCAGAUGGCCGUUGCCGCUGCGGCCAACCCCGGUGAUGGCCCUACCCCACCAAGACCCUACCCAGUCAGCAAAACAGUACGAACUAUGAAGUCACCCAUUAGUCAUGGGGUGGAGAUUGAUGUUGAGUACGGUACAGAUGACAAUGAGGAGCCUGUGGAAUAUACUCCUAGGGAGGUGGUGGUGCAGCAGAUGAGCUCUGAAUGGUGGGUAGAGGGGGCCCAAAUGGAGCACAGCAGACCUCCUCAGCGCCGAGGGCCGAAGGCUGAUCCGCUGCAGGAGGUCAGCCAGAUCCCUCCAGCUGAAGCACGUCCAUCAUGGAGAGGCCAAGCAGAGCUUUCCUGUAAACCCGCAUGCUUGCAGGCUAGGAAUCUCAAAGGUGGUGUGGAAUCACCAAAGACGAAAGGAGACAGUGACAUACGCAUCUUUGUGGCCCUCUUUUCAUAUGACCCUGCCAGUAUGUCACCCAAUCCUGACGCUGCUGAGGAGGAGCUUCCCUUCAGCGAAGGACAAAUCAUCAAAGUUUAUGGAGAUAAAGAUGCAGAUGGGUUCUAUCGAGGAGAGUCAGGCGGUUGUCUGGGCUAUGUGCCAUGUAACAUGGUGUCUGAGAUCCAAGUGGAGGAUGAGGAGACCCGGCAGCAGCUGCUGCAGCAGGGCUUCUUAUCCACAGCAGCUUCCAUAGAGAAGAUAGGCACUCGCACACACGCACAGCUUCCACGUCGCCCCGUUCCACCGCCGAAACCGAGACGAUCCAAGAAAGUCAAGUCUGCAGACAUCUGCGAGGAGAGUGUAAACUCCUCCAGUCAAGCUGAGCAUGAUGCUGAGCGAGUCGAAUAUCCCAGCCAGGUGGAUCCCUCAGCCACUGCAGCUGUGGGGAAGCCAGCCCCAGGAGCCCGAAGGAUGGUCGCCAUCUUUGAUUAUGACCCACGAGAGAGCUCCCCCAACACCGACAUAGAGGCUGAGCUGACCUUCAGUGCUGGAGAUAUCAUACAUGUGUUUGGUGACAUGGACGAAGAUGGCUUCUUCUACGGUGACUUAAAUGGCCACAGAGGCCUCGUCCCCUCCAACUUCCUGCAGGCCGUCCCAGAUGAUGCUCCUGUGCAGCCUGCACCUGAACCCAAGAAAGAGUCACAGGAUGCUUGGACGUCUUCCACAGAGCCACAGGAAUCUGGGCCAUCAACACUAGAAGAAUCUUUGCCCCCUCAAACUGAACCUGCUUGCCCCGCCAUGACAGAGCACACAGAUCUACAACCCCAAUUGGCACCCACUGCAAGCCCCACGUUAGACCUGGACCCUGCUCUGGGCCCAGCUGUAGUGAAGGCCUCAGACCCCCGUCCUGUGGACAGCCCUGCACAGGCCGAAUCUUCUGUGCAAGGAAAGAAGAAAAAAGGUUUUUUCUCCAAAGGCAAGAAGCUGUUCAAAAAGCUGGGAUCCAGCAAGAAAGAAUGACAAACUUUGGACAUCUGACACACAACACUUGUGUCACAUUAAAAGCACUUUUUCUGUAACUGUAAUUCUCAGUUGGUAGUCGGUGCAGUUAGCAGCUAUCAGAUCUAAUAAUUGAUGCUUUAACUGUCAGUAGUUCUACAUUUGCCUUAGAGCACUGGUAGACCAGCUGUUAAAUAUAGAAUACCCUAAAACACCCAACGGCAUCACAAGAGCAUGUAUAGAUGCAUGUUGAAGUGAGCAAUUACUUCCUAAUAAUCUGAGCAUUUGCAAAAUUUCAACUCAUUGGAGGCUUUAAAGCAGUUUGAAUCUCCUUUAGGACUGACUUUAUUUAGAACAGUCAAUACGGAACAGAGAAGACGUCAUCCCAACUCAGAGACAGCUAAUGAAGUGUUAGCUUUAAUGCUCGUGUACUGGUGCCACUUUAUUUAUUAUUUGAAACAAACAGACAGAGGCAGCACGCCGUCUCUUCCUCUGUGUCAUUAUUAAGAAUGCACUAUCUAUCCUGAAUGGAUGCUUCUCUCUGUGUUUCUUGUCUUUAAGAGUAUUUAUACAUUACUUUGUACAGAACAUGAUAUUUAUUUGUAUCGGAUUCCUGCCCUAACAGUGGUCACACCGCAUGAAGUGGCAUCGGGGCGUAAAAUUCGAGGUUUAGAGCUGUCAGAGACAGCAAGGAUCCACUUUGGUAUGUGUAGUUUAGAGCUAAGACAUCGUGGCGUUUGUGGUUAACAGUCCUGACUGUUUGUUGGCGUUCAAUGUAAAGAAUGUGAAGGGUUCUCCUUCUUUGGCGUGUGUGUGUGUGUGUGUGUGUGUGUGUGUGGAUGAAGCCACACAAUCGCUGGUGAGACUGAAAACAGUUGCCUUUCUCAGACAUUAAUACAGGAACUCUUGAUGGCUGUGUCAACAGUCAUAACUGACCUAACUGUUACUUGUUUGCCAUCUGUGUGUGAGUGUUAGUGUGCAGAAAUGAGCAGUAGCCAACAGAGCUGCAACUGAAUGAAGUAUUUGUUGAUUAAUCGGUCAGUCAUUUAGUUUAAAACCAGGGGGAUGCCCGUUAGAUCCCUGCAGCUCAGUGCGACUCCAAAAGAAGAGAAGAAGAGUCAGUGAUUAUGUUUGAGAAGCUAAACUAGAAUAAACUCAUGUGUGACCCCUUUCAGCCCACUUCCUGCUGUGUGUCUGUGGGACUAACCUGUAUAUGAGGAGGCAGGUGCUUGAAAAAUAAUUAGAUUUUGAACUUUAUUUCCCUGUAUUUGGGGGUUGAGCCAUCAUGCCAUGCAUGGUGGCUCAACUGGGUUUUGACACAAACAUCUUCAACAUCUCUCAGUGUGAAAACGUCAUGAUUAAUAAACAAUUGCUUUACUGUUGCAGCUCUGCUUAAUCUGUAGUCCCAAAUGAAAACUGUGAAAAUAUUGUAGCUGGUCAUAGAUACUGAGCAGUGUUAGCCUGUGGGGUGUGGUGAUGUUUGAAUGUGGCACACAGAGCAGCACUUUCUUAGAACAGCGUUUAAAAUGAGCAGUUUUCAGUCAUUGCUGUGGUGGUUAGCUGCACUACUGUAAUGUGAUAGACUCUGCAAUAAGUUGUUGAUGUGUGUUUAGUUUUGCCUCCUCGUGUAAAUGCAGUCACAUAACUGUAGUCAAUUUGAAUGGUGUUACGUGAUCCCUCUUCAGCCCACACGGCGUUUUUCUGUUCGCACAUUUGCAUCACAAUACUGUCAAAGUUUCUUCAAAAAGUAGAGCUUGAGCAAUGGCGGCUCUUGCGUUUGACUGCAGGGGAACAAACACAGAGCCGUGCUGACACACACACACACACACAGGGCUGUUAGGUAGCUUCUCAGGUCUUCACACCUUUCCUUUUCCAUGCUGAGCGUGUGGUUGUUGAAAAAGCAACAGGAGAUGCCAAAAUGUUCGGUGCUUUCCCUGGUUUACUAGCGCUGGCUUGAAGGCCCGUGUGGCAGGUGGAGUGAAGGCUCAAGCUGGAGGCACGUUAUUUAUUUUCUUUUUCUUUUCUUUAAUGUGAUGAAUGUUUGAAUUUUGUCAGUGUUAAAAUAAAGGGAGCGUGAUGAUGCCAAGAAUUAAAAAAAAAAAAAAAAGAAGACAGGGGCUGGAUUGACACUUUAGAUGUGAAGUAGCCGGGACAGAGGCAAGAGCGAGGCUGUACUGUCUGACUUCUUCAUGUGUUUCUUUUUUUUUUAAGAAUCAAAACAAGGGCGGAUGCUUAACAGUUGCCGAAAUGUACAGCAACCAUUUGUACUUGUGUUGGAUUUGACGGCCUUUAAUGCACAAUUAUUUCUCUACCUGCUGAGUAGUAACAUAGGCAUCCCCCUCCCCCUCCAUAUGUUGUAGGACCCCUGUAGGCAGUAUUUUAGCUCAGCUGAUCAUAUUUAGCCUUACACGAAGACCUUGUUUAGUCUUAAUCUGUUGUUUACAGGAUGUUUAUUGAUUGCAUGCAUACUAAUGUUAUACCCAUGUUUGGCCUUAUUUAUGUUGCUGUCACAUUCUCCGUCUUUGCGGGCUCCCUUUUGAAUUGUAGAUGGUGGAUGCAGCGGGAGAUGGAGCUGUAGGAGCUGUCUGUAUGUACUGAACAGUGUUGGGACUAUUUUCAUACAAUGCAGAUUUUUUUUUGUAAUCUUUCCUGAGCUGCAUUUAUUCAUUCAUUCAUUUGUUUGAAACCAGUGUAAGAUUUACCUUUUUAUAUUAUAUAUAAAUAUAUAUAUAAAUGUUUUUAUUACCCAUUUUUGGAAGCUCGUGUGUAAAUAUUUUUUGUUAAUAUUGUUUUUCAGAUUUUUUUUUCUUAUGCAUGCCCAGGCAGUGUUGAUGGAGGAACGGUGUAUGAAGAUGUUAGAACUAAAAGGAUUAAAAUUGUGACGGUUUCUUUCAAUAUGGAUCUUUUUACAGCAAUAAAUUAUGUAUAUUUUCACAGAAAA